AUGGAUGAGUCUCCAGACAAAUCAUCCUUGACCUUGCCUCUUAUCCUUGAUGAGGGACAACAUGAGCCUGCAAGCAAUAAGGUAGAAGAAGUAGAGCCUAACUUUCAUUAUGAAUCCACAGCUACAACCUCUUUUCUCAAAACCUUUUUCAAUGGACUCAAUGCGCUGUCAGGAGUAGGGAUACUCUCAGUUCCUUAUGCACUAUCAUCUGGAGGAUGGUUAAGCUUGAUACUUCUUUUCGCAAUCGCCGCUUCAUGCUUUUACACAGGCUUGCUAAUUAAAAGAUGCAUGGAUAUGGAUUCUGAUAUCAGAACUUAUCCGGAUAUAGGCGAACGUGCAUUUGGGAACAAGGGAAGGAUAUGGUUGUCAGUUGUCAUGAACUUAGAACUCUACUUAGUUUCAACAGGUUUCCUGAUUUUGGAAGGGGACAACUUGCAUAACAUAUUUCCAGGCGUGGAAUUGGAAGUGGCUGGUUUAAGAAUUGGUGGAAAACAUUGCUUUAUAGUCGUUGUUGCCCUUAUUAUUCUCCCAACAGUUUGGUUAGAUAACUUGAGCCUUCUUUCUUAUGUCUCUGCAAGUGGGGUUUUAGCCUCUGCAAUCAUCCUUGGUUCAAUUCUGUGGAUUGGUUCUUUCGAUGGAAUUGGAUUUCAUCAAGCUGGGUCACCAGUUAACUGGAAUGGAAUCCCUACUGCUGUUAGCUUAUAUGCCUUUUGUUAUUGUGCUCAUCCAGUGUUCCCUACCUUGUACACUUCCAUGAAAAACAAGCAUCAGUUCUCCAAUGUCCUCCUCAUCUGCUUUAUCCUAUGCACCAUUUCUUAUGCAUCAAUGGCAGUUUUUGGCUACCUAAUGUUUGGUUCAACGGUUCAAUCACAAAUAACUUUAAACCUCCCAACUCGAAACAUUAGCUCAAAAGUCGCCAUAUUCACGACCCUGGUGAAUCCAAUAUCCAAAUAUGCUUUGAUGGUUACCCCAAUCGUGAAUGCUGCCAAGAAGAAGUUUCCAAGUCACUACAAUAAAAGGUUCAUUGGCCUAUUAGCCAGCACUACCUUGGUAAUCAGCACUGUAAUGGUAGCUUUGACUCUACCCUUUUUCGCGUAUCUCAUGUCACUUGUUGGAGCAUUUUUGAGUGUGACAGGUUCAAUUGUAUUCCCAUGCUUUUGCUACCUGAAACUUUCUGGGACUUAUCGAAGAUUCGGAUGUGAGGUGUUGAUUAUAGGGUGCAUAUUACUACUAAGUGCUGCAGUUAUUGUAUUUGGCACUUACACUGCUCUAGUAGAAAUAAUAGGGAGCUUGUGA